CAUAUCUCGAUCGUAGCAUUUUGUUACUAAAAUUCCGCCGGAUCAGCGGAUCUUCGCCUGGAAGCAGCUUGAAGACGGCCGGACCCUUUCCGAAUACAACAUUCAAAAAGAUAAAAAUUAGAUCGGGUUUGGCUUCUAGACUUCUCGAGCUAUGCUCAAUAUGUGUUCGAAGAAUUGCCUCACAGAGUAACAGAGAUGUAUGGUCCAGGAAAUCAGCAAUGGCAUCUUAAGGCAGAAGUUUGUUCGGGGUAUUUUUGCCAAAUUCACAAAACGAGUGAUGCCCUGAGGAGGAUAGUGGUGGCUUGGAUGGGUAUGGAGGAAGCAGUGUUCAAAGGUCCCGGUGUUCCUGUCAGCUUCUUUUGUAAGCUAAUCUCCUGUGCUCUAUACGCUUUUCUUAUCGGGGGCUACGCUUUUCUCUUCGAUUUUAUCAACAGGGACUUCGGACGAACAAGGUGGGAGACAAUAACGCCGGCUAACCUUCAACCCUAGCCUGGCUGGAUUCUGGCGGCACGGAGGGGCUUUGACCGGAAAUUACAGUGCAUCGAUUGGUCUGCGAUGAAUGAGAAGUCAACGAGCUCAACCAGCUCCGGCCAAAUACUCUAACGGUAGAAGCCAGAUUUCAUCUCAAUCUCCUAAAAGCAUGAAAAAGAUCCGGCUAAAGCAUGGGUGUAUGGUAUAUAGACAAGACGGCUUAGGCCAGAGUAAUCUUCACUUUUCUCAUUUAAUCCAUCACACGGACGAUAUUAGAAGCGAAAUUGGUUGAAAAUGCUAUUUGGAAGGAAGAGUUGCAUCAGUUGCUGGUCUAAAAUUAGUUCUAGGAUGAUUUGGCUAUUCUUUUAUAGGGCGGCAGAGAGCUUAUUCAAGUCCAAAGGACUAUUUUUGGUCUUUGGUCCUCUCUCUGCAAACUGGGCGACGAAAACCUUUGCCAGCCAAGGGUUUCAAAAGUAGCCAGGACGACAACAAUUGGAUUUCACUGGGGCGAAGAAGGGAUGAAAUUGAGAUGAAUACUUCACUUGAUUCAUCAGUUUGUGUGUUGAGGCAUAUGGAAGGACUAUGUGAUAUUCAUGUUGAGAAACUUUCUGGUGCAAUCCAAGAAAAAUAGGAAGAGGCUUGGGUCUUUUUAAUUACUAUCUCUUUUGAUAGCUUUCCCUCCUGUUGAAAUGAGUUGAUUUCAGUUUUACUAAGACACUUAUUAAAAAAUAUUCUCUAUCUUAUGUGCACUAUGGGGUAAUAUCUUUAACCAUGUAAUGAUUGUCAAUUGGGGGAAUACAAUAGUCAUAAAUUUAUUCUUUGCUUCUAUUAAGAUAAUAGUUUGAAGUUCACAGACUCAGUGUUUAGCUACUUAAUUUUCAAUUUAAAAUUCCCUUCCUCUUUCUCAAUUUAAAAUUUGCAUUAUAUGCAUGUUUCCAUCUUUCUUUUUUUUUUUGUAAAUUUUUUUACGAUCUUCAAAAGAAACUUAGAUUUUUUUAAGCAUAUUUGGAUUAGUGGUAGAAUAAUUGUUACUAAUUGAAAAUUUAAUUUCCUUGAGGUGAGGUUUUAUGUGUUUUCAAGAUCUAAGAUCAUCUAUAUAUGUUUGUUGAAGUUUCUGUACUUUGGAAAUGCCUAAAAAAAAUUUUAAUACUCCGUGUGUUGGAUUCUUUUUAGGCGAGAGAGAGAUGAGUUUGAUCUAUUCUCAAAGUUGACAAUGGUGAAGUCGGACGGCUAAUAACAAAAGAGAUUAGUAUCUGGAGAAUAGAGUAUCAGGAUAGGAUCAAAACGAUAACUUUGUCCAUAGACGAUUUAAUUCAUGUAAUCAAAAAACUACAGACGACGAGAUAACACCAUUUUCUUCUUUUUAUUUUAAGUUAUUUAUAUUUAAAUAAUGCUUAUAAGAUUUU